UCACCCUUUCCAAUCGAUGUGUAUGCCGGCCAAAUAUGCACGCAAGGGUCAAGCAGACGACCCGCGUCUGUACAAGACCCAUGCUACAUGCGCUCUGUAAACGACCGUCUGGAAGAGGCUCUUGUGUGCUGUUUGUGUCAGACAUAUAACCAUGGUUCUGGAGAGUGGAUAUUUUUCUAAUCAAUCCUCGUCACCAAUGCGUAGAUGUCCCUACACCUAGACAAGUUUGAAUUCUAAAACAAGACAUAGCUCACCCCCUUCACCUCGCUUCGUCCGGAGAGGUCACAAUGCAUUUAAUAUCCUUUACCAAGCUCUUCCCGUUCAAGUUUCACAACCUGUCCGAGAAAGCUGCCGCAAACACUACAUCAUCGACUCCAUCCCCGAAACCGCAAAGGACACCACGAAUCCCACAGCCCCAUCUCCCACAGGACACUUCAGGUAUGACCAGAUCCCCCUCCUUCGUGUCGAAAGUGCUAGGCCUGAUUAAGCGCUCCACGUCGCAGUAUUCCAUUUCCAACAAACAUUCCGAAGGCCCCUUGAAGUUUCAUAGCGGUAACGUCAGUAGAACCAACCUUGCAGUCACCGAUACCCGUAGAAAAAGUGUGGGUGUCGCUACCCGCAACGACUACUUUUCGCUAAACCCAGAAGAGGAGCCUCUCUACAACUACAGACACUCGUACGCCCCCGGUAACACGUCUGUAUACGAGUGCAGAGACUCCCACCGAGGAAGAAAAACUCGGAGCAACAGCAAGCGUAACAGUGAGACGUUGGAGUUUUCUUCAAAGAGAUCUUCCCCUGCAUUUGAGGUUCCUCAGUUCCAGCUUUCCCACCCUCUAUCGCAUCUUCCAACCCCGGACUCCACUCUUUUCUCUCACCUUGAGCCAACCAUGGAGAACAAAACCAGCUUGUCUAUCACUGAUUCUCGCUUCACCGGUACCACGAGGAGUGGAUGGAACGACGCUGUGAGCGGCUAUGGGUGCUUGGACGACGUCUUCAUUGUCAUCGACACCACCCCGGGGUUCCACUAGCCCUGUGGAACCACUUAUACAUUUUACAGCCCUCAGUGCUUUUCUUAUUCUCAUGACCAUAUUCCUUCAAUUCUUUUUUGCUCCCCCCUUUUAUCUAAUCGUCCCAACAGCGAUGGCUUCUUUUUACCCAGCACUUUGCCCGUGUA